AUGUCGCCCACCGCCUUUGAGCGCGCCGUCGCCUACGUUGGCAGCUCGACCGCACCAAGCUCGACCGAGCUCAAGCUUCGACUCUACUCUCUCUACAAGGUCGCGACCACCAGCUCUCGGACGCCGACAGCCUCUCGACCAGGCCUGCUGGACUUCUCGGGGCGGGCCAAGUGGGACGCGUGGAGCCGGCUCGGCAAGGAGGACGAGAUCGCGCGGCUGAGCGACGACGAGGUGUCGGACUGGGCGAGGCGAGCUUACGUCGACGAGGCGAGGGCGCUCGGCUUUGCGGAGGAGCUGGACGAGGUGCAGGAGCGGCCAGGGCCGAGGAAGGGCAAGAAGGACCAGAUGGUCGCCGUCAGCACCCUCGAGGACUCGUUCGUCGACGAAGCGCCGCCAUCACGGAUACACGAGCUCGCGAUCGACGGCGACGUCGCCGCUCUCGAGGAGUUUCUCGCCGGCGACGGCAAGGGCGUCGACCUGAACGAGCGCGACAGCUACGGCUAUGCGCCGCUCCACUUGGCGACAGAUCGAGGUCACGCCGAUGUCGUCAAGGCACUUCUCGCUCACGGAGCAGACCGCUCUCUACCUGAUGAAGAUGGCAACACAGCUCUCGACCUCGCACGCCUCGCCGAGCACGCCGACCUCGUCGAGCUGCUCUCGUAGCCCGCCUGCAAUACAUAGUUUCCUCUCUCGAGACCUGC